AUGGCAACCGAUCGUCUGAGGCGCAACCAGCGCGCCCUGUCACCAGACACCCUCUCGACCCUGACCACCUCCCUCUGCGUUAUCGGCACCCCCCUCCCCUCGCUGUCUUCCGCCAAGAAGGACCAAGAUGAACACAAGCCCAUCUGGCAGCAGGAAGCGCGUGAUGCUCAGGGACGGAGGCGCUUUCACGGCGCCUUCACCGGCGGCUGGAGCGCGGGCUACUUCAAUACGGUCGGGUCCAAAGAAGGGUGGACGCCAGGCAGCUUUCGCUCCAGCAGAAAGGAUAAGGGCAGAGCAGAGGAGAUGAAGGUUGUAGGAGGAAGAGUGGAGGACUUCAUGGACGAGGAAGAUCUAGAUGACUGGAAGCAGGUGCAGCGGGUCGAGGCGAGGCGCGGAGAGGAGGUGGGGUUGAAUCAGAUUGCCGGGCUGAGAGGGGGUGAGAAGGCUAAGGGGGACAGUUUGGAUGUGGACGGCGGUGGAGAUGAAGAGUUGGGGUACAAGCUGCUGAGGAAGAUGGGGUGGAAGGAGGGGGAAGAAAUGGGCUCGAGGGUGGACGAGAAGAAGAAGGGGAGGGUGGGGAGCUCAAUAGGUCGCUCUGAGUCGAUAGCGAGCUCGUCGAGAGUCACGUUGGAGCAUACGCACACAGUUCCCGUCAGAGCUACUCAUUCAUUGGCAACGCAGCAGCGCACAAGGAAAGGAUUGGGUUAUCAAGACGCCCCGACGCUCGCUCAGACGCUUUCGAAGACCCACGAAGCAGAACAAACGACAGGCGCAGUCGCACAAGCUGCCUCGGAAGAUGAGGAAGAUGUCUGGUCAGACGGCCGUCCCGUACUCUCCGGCUUCCAUCUGGCCCGUCAGCCACUUCCACCCGAGCCAUCCUUCCCCGCCUCACCAGUACCGCCAGGAUGGCAACCAGACCCAAACCGCGUCUGGUCUCGCUAUGACCCUCAACUCGACAGCAAGACCACCGUCAUGACGCCCUCGACGCGAGGGCAGCUGCUUGGAGAAGCAAAGAUUCCCGGUCCUCCGCCCAACAUCGCCGCCUUCCUCUCGGCUAAAGCGCAAGAACGGCUCGCUGCUCAGUCAAACGCCGCUCUGCCCUCAUCUGCGUCGCUACCAUCGCUGCAGUACGUGGAGUGCCCGCGACUCGAAGCAGUCACCGCCAAGCAGGCUCUGGUGGGUUUUGCACCCUUUGGCGUGGACGCUGCCAAGCAGAAUCGCUACGAGACGUAUCUCAAAGGUCAACUCGAGCCGGCGUCGGAGCGGGCGAUGCGGCUGCAGGUGCCUCGGGAGCUGACGGCCGAGCAAUUCUCCAACGAGCUUCGGGAGUUCGCCAAGAGCGCAUCGAUGUUCCGACCCAUGAGUGCGGCCAUCGCGAGUCGAUUCGCGCCGGCGAGCGCGGCAGUGAUGGAGCACGAGACGCGCGGGACGAGCAGCACGCCUGGCCUACGACAGCCCGCACCCGCUUCCUCGUCGACCGAUCUUCCAGAAGAACCCAUCGAGCCGCAGAGGCAGCUCUCGACAGCACAGCAGGCAGCCAAGAUGGGCAACUUUGGGCAUUUGACACGCACAAUGGAAACGUGGGCGCCAGAGAGGCUGCUCUGCAAGCGAUUUGGCGUGCCGGAGCCUGCGUCGACCCGCAAGCAAAGGGAUGAGGGGUUGGUGACAAAUGCGAGUUCAGCGACGAGGCCGGACCUGAAUGACGACCCGGAUCCGUUCUACGGCUCGAACAAGGUGGCGAGAUCCAAGUCGAUCCGGGUUUAUCAGCAUUGGGAGCGAAGCAAGGAGCAGCUCAAGGCGCUCGCUUCCGCUCCGACACCGCUGUCACUCGAUGCGGGGUUCUCUUCGCAAAACGCCUCCCGCACGUCGCUUACAUCCGAGGAGGCUAGCGAGGAGACCACUGUCGGUCUAGGCGACGACGAUCGACAGGGCCACGACACGCUCACCUACGUGAAGCCUUCGAUCGAUGUGUACAAGGCCAUCUUUGCUUCCGACGAAGAGACCUCUGGUGCGGAAGACGCCGAUUUGACGGCCAAGCCCAAGAUGCAGAACCCGGACGCUGGAGCAGGCGUGGUGUUUCAAGCGCGGUCGAAGCGCAAAGAUGCCGAACACGACGGAGGGAAGGGCGCAGCAGCGCAGACGCAAGGCGAGAAGAAACGCAAGAAGGAUAAGGCGGCGAAGAAGGCGCUGCUCACGUUUGACUUUGACGACGGUGAUGCGGAUGAGGGGGCGAUGGAGAAGCCAAGCGGAACAGCGAAGAGCAAGGUCAAGGCUCGAGUGAAGGCAUCGGAUCUGUUCUAG